UGCCAAAUUGCCGGUGAAGCGAAGUGCGUUAUUGUUCGUCAACCGCAAUACCUUAUUGUAUCGCAGGAUGCUCGUGGCUUUGAUACGCAAUACUCCAAAACCUUGGGAAGGUCGCCGUUGUAAACACAGAGUAUAAUAAAAGAAAGUAUUAUAUGUGCCGGGUCAUUGCUCCGCGCGUUAAUUCUGCCAAGUCCCAGGCGCGACUAAAAGUUCAAAAUGAUUGGCUGCUCGAGGAGAAAGUCUCGAUUAAUCGCGCGGAUGCAUCUAUCAUGACUGUCGAUGCAGGAGUGCAUUAUUCGCUACAGUUUGUGUUUCCUGUGCUUCGUAAUAUUAUAGGAAAAUUAUGAGGAAAAUACGCAAUUGCGAAGAUAGUGAAUAAGUCGUUUGUCGAGUGCAAUCUCGACUGCCUGACAAAGUAAAUUCUCGUCUUGAAAUAAUAUAUAUCUUGAAAUUUGUUUUUUCUAUUUUUUUUUCUGUAUCCAUUGUAUUCGAGCGUGUUUGUCGGACUGUUAUUGUCAUUGUAUAGUUAUUUGCUAUGUAUAUAUUGUAGUGAAACUAGAAGAAUUUUUCAAACUAUGAUAAUAUUUUAACAAAACUUAUGGCAACAUGUCUACUGUGAAUCAAUAUAUUGUAACCAAUCCUUGUCUCGAUGCUAACAAAUCACUUGGAAUAGACGAAGCAUGUUUUAGUAUCAUUAGUGAAUAUAAUAGAUCAAUCACAUUAUAUUCUCAUCUAUUGGAAUGCUACUUGUGCAAGGAUGUACCACUGGUUUCUUUACCAGGAAAAAAGAAUACCACAUUAGUCAUCCCUACAAAAUAUCCUCUACAUAUAUUUUAUAAAGAUACACAUGAAGUGUGCCACACUACAUACAAUUUUAAAGAACAUGGAAGUUAUGGAUGGAAUAUUUCUGAAGAGCAAUUAUGCUCAGAAAUUUAUACAAUACGUCAACCAGUAAAUAGUUACCUUCCAAUAUUCACAGCUUUCAUGGUAUUUGUUCUGUUGAUGAUUUUAUAUGCAACUGUCAAAGUUAUUAUACGUGUGAUAAAAGGAAAAUUAUCUCCAGAUAAUAUACACGAUGAUUUGGAUAGACUUCAAGAAGCAGAGACAUCAAAUCCAGUCAUUAAAACAAACAGAUCUAGUACUAGAAUUCGUUCGGUUGAUACAUUUAGAGGGAUUGCUAUAUUGUUAAUGAUAUUUGUCAAUAAUGGUGGUGGCAAGUAUGUGUUUUUCAAUCACAGCGCAUGGAAUGGUUUGACAGUGGCAGACUUAGUACUACCUUGGUUUGCAUGGAUUAUGGGAUUAUCGAUUACUAUAUCGAAACGAUCCGAGCUUCGUGUAUCUAAUUCACGCAAAAAAAUUAUUUUGCGUUGCCUGCAGCGUGCAUUUAUCCUUAUACUUCUCGGACUGAUGUUAAACUCAAUUCAUACAGAUUCGCUAAAGAAUCUUCGUUUUCCGGGUGUUCUUCAAUUGUUGGCUGUAUCGUAUUUUAUAUGCGCGACAAUCGAGACUAUAUUUAUGAAGAUGCACUCUCAGGAUGAUUUGUUACAGUUUGGUCGAUUUACAAUUCUACGAGAUAUCUUGAACAAUUGGGCGCAAUGGUUGAUCAUUUUGAUAAUUGUAAUGACGCAUACCUUAAUCACGUUUCUCCUGCCUGUCCCGAACUGUCCAACAGGAUAUUUGAGGCCUGGUGGUUACUCUGAUUUCGGAAAAUUCCCAAACUGUACUGGAGGCGCAGCUGGUUAUAUAGAUCGACUUAUCUUUGGAAAUCAUAUCUAUUCCAAAAUAGAAAAUCCUGUGUAUGGUACCAUCUUACCUCACGAUCCUGAAGGUAUAAUGAACACUAUGUCUAUAAUACUUGUUGUAUACUUGGGAGUCCAUGCUGGAAAGAUCUUGUUACUUUACUACCAAUGCAAUGCUAGAAUAGUACGUUGGCUGUUAUGGUCAGGAGUCACGGGUAUUAUUGCUGGAAUAUUAUGUUAUUUUGAUAAAGAAUCUGGAGUGAUACCAGUUAGCAAGAAAAUGAUGUCACUUUCGUUUGUUUUAACUGUAUCCUGUUUUGCAUUUUUACUAUACGCAAUCUUGCAUUUCUUUAUCGAUUAUAAGCAUUAUUGGAGUGGAGCACCAUUUAUUUAUGCAGGUUUAAAUCCAAUUACUCUUUAUAUUGGACAUAUGAUUACAAAGGGGUUAUUCCCAUGGGCAUGGCAUUUGUCCCAUCCUACACAUUGGUCAUUCCUUGCUAUGAAUUUAUGGACUACAACUUUGUGGGGUAUUAUCGCAUAUUGGCUUUAUUGGAAGGACAUUAUUAUAUCUAUUUAAAAUUAUCUAUAAAAAAUAAUAUAAAAAUUGACCCAUAAGUAACAUAAAUUCGCGAAGGAUUAAGUAAAUUAUUGAAGAUUAUUAUACUUAAUGUGGAUGUACAAGCUUAUAGAAUUAUGCGAAUAAUGAAGCAAUUCAAAGUUGUGAUAAAAGAAUGACAAAAUGGAAAGAGAAGAUAGCUCUAUUGUAUAGAUUUGCGUAAAUCAUUGCUCAUUAACAGAUAAAAUAAUUUUUAUUGAAAGUAUUAUGGUGUUAAUUAAUUUUCUGAAUAAAAGUGUUUUAUAAACUUU